AUGCAGCGCGAGUUCACACUUAUCAUCAAACCGCCCAACCAGGGCAGAGGCUUCGCAGGCAAGAACGCCAAGCGGUUCGAAAUAAAGACCAACUUCGGCGCGAUUCUCCACGAUGGCGUCAAGAGUGCGUACGAAAAGCAUCAAGGGAAAGAGCCCGAGCGCGGGUUCUUUCUGAAAAAGGGGCACGUAAUCUCGACUCGUAUCCUCGCGGAGAGGUCCUCGCAAAUUGUGAAAGACUUCGUCGUGAAAUGCGGCGCACUCAACAGCGAAUCCUUAGAGUGCACUAUGAAUUAUGAUGAUCGUCCGGGAGAUAGGCAAGCCAGGCGAAACAAAAAGAAGGAGAAAGCUCGGAAGGCGCGAUUGGAAGAGACGAAGGCAAAGGAGUUGGCCCGGUUCCAGCUUGAGGAGGCAACUCUGGAGACUCGGGCGAGCAAGAAGAGGAAGCUGGCCAAAGGCGCCCAGACCGGUGGCAGUGCUGGGCUGCCUGUGCCCACGCCAGUGCAACUGCUUGGCAAGCCUGUGAAGAACCGCGCCGAUGGCUUCGACCAGAAAGGCUACAAUGACCAAGUUGUGCCUGGAUGCUUGUCAAAGAACGAUCAAGAGCAGUGUGCCAAACUUUGGGAAUUGCUUCGGGAUGAAGGCCGGGCGCUCGGCUUCGAAUUCAGCAGCGCUCAACUCAAUAGGAAUUUCCGGGCGCUGCGCCCCCACCACCACCGCCGCACGGACAAGGACCACCAAUGGUGUCUGUCCCUGGGCGAAUUCACAGCAGGCGAGUUCUGCUGGCAGGAGAGGGACCAAUGCUUCAGCAUAUCAACGAAAGAUCAAUGGCAGAAGGUAGACGGCCGGCACGCGCAUUGGGUGUUGCCUCAUCAGCCGCCAACCGCCAUCAGGUAUUUCAUCGUGCUCUUUCGCAAUAUAGGUGGCGCCGCAGAGCUCUUCUACCAUUCUGAUGCUGUGGCGCCCGAGCCUCCCCGGCGUCCUCUCCGCGAGGGACAUGAUUGCGCAGGCACGAAUGCGCCUUGCCAAGCGUUGCGGAACUUGCGCGUGGACUUCACAGAGGCCUUCGCGAGCGACCUUGACGAGUUCGCCUGCCAGACCAUCGAAGCCAAUUUCCGCCCUGUCAAAUUCUACAGGGGCGAAGUUGAUGGGGACAUCACCAAGCGCGACCACUCGCAGGCGCCCGGCUGCGACCUGUACAUGGCAGGAAUUCCCUGCCAGCCGCACAGCUCAGAAGGCAACAAGAGAGGCUUCGAUGACCCACGUGGCCAGGUGUUCUAUAGUGUCGUGGAUUACAUGAGAACCCACAAGCCUCGUGUCGCAGUCCUGGAGAACGUGCGAAGUCUGCUUCACAAUCGCGACGGCGAAGACAUUUGCGAGGUUCUACACGAGCUGCUGCGAUUGGAUUGCUAUAACAUCCAGUGGAGGGUCCUGAAUACCGCCCAUCACGGCGUGCCGCAAAGCCGAAAUAGGCUCUAUAUUGUCUGCAUCCGCAAGGACUUUUAUAUCGAGGGUAGGUUCCAGUGGCCAGAGCCCAUUGCCUGCCCGUCGGUGGAGCGCUUCUUGGAUCCAUGUGAGGCGAAGCCGACCCUGCUGAACGUGCAGCCGCCUCCUCAGACCUUCGCGUCCGAGAUAUGGGCUGUGACGAUGGCGAAGCUUUUGCGCGACAGGCGCGAACCCUUGCAGCAAGCAUGGCUCUUCCCAGUCACUGCCAGCGUGGGACGUUGCUCCGUGAAGUUGGACACGUGCCCCUGUUUGCUCACCCGCAACAAGAUCUGGAUCUCCAACAGAGGUCGGCUCCUCAAUGCACGCGAGCACUGUCGAUUGCAAGGCAUGAGCCCAGACGACUUCAAGCAGGUGGUGUCGGAUGCCCAAUGGCGUAAGCAACUCGGCAACGCUAUGAGUGUCAACGUGCUUGAGCGCUUGCUCGCGCGCCUCUUGCCUGCGGUGGGGCUGACGGGUGCGCUUCCGGACCGUUGGGCGAGCGGCACCGCAUUGGCGGAGCUAGAGACCACCAGAGAUGUCCAGGAGAAGUCCAGGAAAAGCCCCGCGCAGCCACUCCUUAUGGGUAUCUGCCAGGUAAGCGGCAUAGGGAAAUGGGUGCGGCGCAGCGCCUUCCGUGAAGUCGACUACGCCCCUGAUGACCCCACCAAGUUGCGGGAGUUCGCGACAUUUGGAGAAGCAUUCGCAUUCGAUGAAGCAUGCCGUGCCGACGGCACUGGUGGCCGAAGCGCAAAGUAUGCUGCACAGCCAAAGUCCAGUGUCCCAGAAGAGCAGCGCGCAGUUUGCACCGCUAUAGCCGAUGCGCUUAAGGAGGAUGGCAACGAGACUCGUGUUCAGCUGGCGAGCAUGGAAGACGGCGUGCACGAGCGCUUCGACGUGUUGGGUGGACAGGUCGAAGCCCUGGCAAGAGAAGUGCAGCAGAACAUGCAGCCCAGGCCUGACCAGUUGCAGAUGAUGGUCGAGCUGUCUGCACCGAGCGUCAGCGUCUCCACCUUGAAUGCUAUGCUCAUGAAAGCGCAAAUUAUGCGUAAGGGUCUGAAAGUGCAAAAGGCCAAGUGUCUGGUGGAGAAGCUGCCAGUACACGAACUACAAAAGCUUCUGGCCGAGGCGAUGAAUCCUCCAGCUGAUCCGGAAGCAACUGACACUCGAAGCUCAACAGCCGCAGGCCUGGCCGCUGAUAGCGAUGCUCGCGUAGACGAUGCGCCAGUACCAGAAGAGCCUCACACCGUCAUGGAGAUCGCUGCGAAGGCAACUGACCCAUCAGUUGACGCUGCAACUACGUCUGCCUUUCACGAGACGGCCAGCAAUGCUUCCCCAAAGGAGCAGCCAGAACCUUCUGUUCCAGCAAGCAUUGUGGGUGCGGUGGUGGAGACUUCGGCGAAGGAACCAGAGAAGGCCUUGAAGUGCGAGCCACGGCAGCGACUCAUCGAGAGGGGCGGCCGCAAAUUCACAGAAACCACACACGUCAUCACGGAGGGUAACUGUCCUGCUGGGUAUAAGUGCGGCGACGAAUUUGGAGUGAAGCAGUACGUUGGCAUCUUCAAAGAAGACGAGCUGCGCGCCUUUGAAGCUCAUGCUGAUAACAUGAUCGCUCACGAUGAGCGGUGGUUGCCAGACACAUUGGAUAUAAGCCCACCUGGAGCACCUGCAAACAAGAGGGCCCGCAGCAAGUAUUUCUUCCCAGAGUACACAUACGGUCCUGGGCAAACGCCAAAGCGUGGAGACUGUGACGAGCAGCCGCUGCCUCCCGGCCAAGUGUGCCCGAAGUGCAAAGGCGCGCAAUGUUUGCACACCGAGAAUUGCAACCACAUCCCAGAUUGGAUUUACCAUCCGCGUCAGCAGUGUCUCGCAUCCAUGUUGGUUGACGUCGGCGUUCUUGAGAAUGCGUGGGCCACCUCUGCAAUUCUGAAUGUCUACCACAAGCGCGGCGGCAAGCUUGGCCAAUACUUUGACUCCCCACACCUCUUCAUACGGCCCAUUCUUGCGAUAGGCCUUUUCGCCGCAAAGCCGUUCACCUUCGGCGUGAAAGGUCGUGGAAUGAAGAAGCAGCUCCGUGCUCUGCUUUCGAAAGUGAUGAGCGUGAUCCGCAGCAGGAGAGCAAGCCUGUUGGCGGAGCUCGAGAGUAUGGGCGGCCAGGCGCCAACUACUGCAGACUUCCCCGAGCCUUCGCGGGAUGAACUCGAAGGCGAAUCGGACGCCGCAGCUCUUCAGCAGCUGAUCCUUCGAGCCCAGUCGCAGUGGAAGGAGGAGAGGGCCACGCUCAGGGCGGCGAUCGAAGGGGCGAAGGAGCAGCUGACGGCGGUGUCGCUUUUUUCAAGGGCUGGCGGAAUGGACGUCGGCUUCACGAGGGCGGGCUUCAAGGUGCUGUGGGCGGCGGAUGCAAGCCAAGCCGCUUGCGACACCUACAACCACAAUGCAGAGGGCUAUUCGAAAAAAGGGAAGAUGCGGCUAGAUGACCCCAGGAACGCGCUGGUUAACGUCUUCAUGGACGCGGUCGACAAGCUGCGGCCGCGCAGCUUCCUCAUGGAGAACGUGGAGAACUUGGGCACCAAGGCUCUCUUCAAGCCCAUUCUGGACAAGUUAAUCGAACGCGCGAAGGGCCUGGGGUACGCCUGCCAGCACAAGGUGCUUAACACCCACAACUUCGACGCCCCCCAGUCGAGAGAGCGGCUGAUCCUGGUUGGGUUUCUCCACACCGCGACGCCCACACAGUAUUUUCAGGGGCUGGCUGCGAUCAGCCGCCGAGGGCAGACGUGCGGAGAGGCUCUCCGGGACAUUGGCAGGGCAGGCACGCCGUCCAACCCGGCAACGUGCACUGCGAAGAUCGAGGUUUGCAAAAGCCCUGUGCUCCGGGAGAGCGCGUACUCUGGCAUGCUCUUCAAUGGGAGCGGCCGCCCCCUCGCUCCCACCAGGCCUUCCCCGACGCUGCUGGCGGCCAUGGGGGGGGGGAACGCGACGCCAGUCAUUGAUGAGGAGCAGUUCUCCGGCGGGCGGGGGGGCUCCGUCGAGAACUUGCAUGCGGCGCUCGUGGAAUGCAACGAGCGAGUGGCGCAGGAGCUGACUCCUGAGCUGAACAGCGUCCUGACGCGCGCGGCGAAUCCGCGCGCCCACCGCAAAGAGAUCAAGGGCAAGCUGGGUGUGAGGGAGCUGACUCCUGAGCUGAACAGCGCCCUGACGCGCGCCGCGAAUCCGCGCGCCCACCGCAAGGAGAUCAAGGGCAAGCUGGGUGUGGGUGCCGCCGGUCGCACCUACGGCCUCGUCGCCGAGCGCGAGAAGGCCGAUGCCUACGACAGCGGCCUUCAGACAAAGCGCCGCCUCGAGGGCGUCUGGGCGAGCCGCGCCACGCUCUUGGAUGCAUACGCGGUUGCUUGGGUCGCGCCAGAGUCGAUGAGGAGGCUGACAGUCACGGAGGCCGCUCGUCUUCAGAUAUUUCCCCACGACUAUGUCUUCAAAGGGGGCACCAACGCGGCCUACACGCAGAUCGGGAACGCAGUCCCAUGCAAUUUUGCGUUUGCGCUGGCCCAGGGCGUCGCCAAGGUGCUGAGGCGUACAAAGCUGUACGGGUGCACGAUCAGACAGGUUCCUGCACUGAUGGAGUACCUCCGUAAGCAGCCUAUUGUUAGCCUUGCGGAUGGUGAGAUGGACACAUUCAUUGCAGAUAUCUUUACACCGCGCCCUGCCUUUGAUGAGAUUGCCCGCUUCUCAGAGGCAUGGAGCACCGAGGCCGCCGAGAAGAUGCAAGCCGCCAUGAAGCGCAAGAACUGCGCGGUGACCUGGGUUCAACUGGUCAUUGACCAGCACGGCCUUUUGGUCAUCUUGCGCUUUGGGCAUCCUAUUAUCUUGGGCGCUGCCAAGAGUGCCGCCAAAGUCAUUCUCCGUUGCCUGCCGGACAAGCAGCGGCUCGCCGCGGAGCGCAGCUUGCGCCCUCUGGACGAGGUUGAUCGUGACCGCAUUACAUCGUGGCAGACAGUCGCGUCUCUGCGCCCUGCGGGCACCAAGCGCCCCCACGAAUCUGAUAAAGAGGAAGAGCACCAAUCCCUUGCCAAGCGAGCCAAGAUUGCGGAGAGCAAUGCCAAGCCAGCGGCCGCCUUGCUGGCGGAAUACUACGACGGUUCAAGCAGCGAGGAGGAAGAGGUCAUGGCGCCGCCGCUAAUGCUGACCAAUGGGUCAGAGCAGCCACCAGCCCCAAACGCUUUCGACCCAACCAGCGUCUGGGAAUACCGGGUCAAGUGCGAGGGCGUCAUCAUCGUCGCGGAGGUGGGUGAGCGUCCGGAGCGGCUCGCUUUCCGUCGCUGCCACCACGAGCCGAGGCGGCAGCUCUUGCUGCAGAGCAAAGUCCAGGAGGAGUACGCGAGACCUGGAAUGUCGCAAGUGGUGCGCGUGGCGAUGCGGCUGGCCAAGGACGGCUCCGUGCCAGGGCCAGGCGAUCACGGGCGUAAGAGCGAGUUUCUGAAGAGGUGCGCCGCUGCUCUUCGAGUUCUGAACCCCAGCAAGGAAACCGAUUUGAAGGAACUUGGCGCUCAAGACCAGGCGCUCAUCAGGCAAGCUCUCGGCGGCGACAUCAGCACUCCCUACGAGGGCUGCCUCAGCGAGCGGAGCAGUUUCGGCAGCGCCGCACCCUUCAGAAGUACGGGCGCAACGCUGCAGACAAGGUUCGUGCGCGCUUCCGCUUUCCGUGAAUGCGACUACACGGAGACCGGGCAACUGCGCGAAUUCGCCACAGAGGCCGAGGUACUCGCCUUUGAGGCCGCGCGGUACGAAGACGGCACUGGCAGCAAAGUCAAAUUUUGGAACAAGCCCAGAGCCACAGUGGCAGCAGAACAGCUCGCCCUCGAAGCUACAGUUGCUCACGCGGUCGCCGAGGACGGAAACGAAACACGCGUGCAGUUGUCGGAGGUCGAAGAGGGCAUCCACGCCCGCAUGGAUGACAUAGACAAGAAAUUGGACAAGGUCCUGGACUAUCAUGAGAAGGCGCCACCGAAAAGUCAAGUGGGCGACCUGGAACUCAUGGCGCGCCUGCAAAAGAUGUGCAAAGUCGGCCGCAUGAACACCAUCUUGAAGGAGUUCUGCGUCGACCACCCAGCCGGUUUAAAGAUGGCUGACAAAGCCGCUCUCUUAGUCCAGACUGUGCCGCGCGAUCGUCUCCAGGAAAUCCUCGCGAGUGGUUCGCAGCAGCCACCCACCAAGCGAGCCAAACGGGGGAGCGCACAGGCAGUAUCGAGCGACGCGCCCCAGCCUAACCGGAGCCUCACUCAGUUUUUCGGAGAGCCGCGAGCCGUCGCAGAGCAAGACCCCCAGCAAUCGAGCGCAAGUCCUCCAUGCGACCGGGCACGAGCAGUCCUUGGUCAAUUCUAUUUCGAAACGAGCUUUAUGGACACCGGCAAAGACGACAAGGCCUUUGCGGAACCAGCACUCGCCGAAGCUUCCACAGAGGCCAGCGGCGGCUCUUCGCCGGAAUCCACCACUCUGUCAGAGGCAUCUUUGCAGCACCUCCUCUCCGAAAGUCUAGCCGCAGAAAAUGGCCGCGAGGUGCAGCCACAGAUUGGGAAGAAAACACUCCCUGGGACGCUCCCGCAGACAGAAGCUGUAAAAGCAGAGCAUGCACAGCGGGGGGGGAACACAGACGAGUCCAAGGCAAGCGCCAUCGACCCAAAGCUCCGUCAUUUCGAUGCGGUGGAGGUCUUCGAUGCCAAGGGUGCAUUCAAGCACUGGGCGCCCCUGACAAUCGAGGGUCUCUGUGGCCACCCGUGCAACGACGGCAAGCUCUGCAACAGCAACGCCGGCAGUUGUCGGACCCACCAACGCAGCGAGCUCGCCCGCAUGGCUUGGGAGGACGAGCGCGCUGCUAUCAUGGAGCGCGGAGUCUGCGGAGUACCGGAGGCAAUGGGAGGCCCAUGUCAGCAGCCCCGGGGCCAGUGCAGCAUCCGCACGGCCAGUUGGCACCAGAAACGUGAAUUGUGCGCCAUGCGAGCGGAGGACGACGCGUCUUGCAUCGCUGACCGCGGCCGCUGCGGGGUGGUGCCGAGGGGAGGCGGCGACGCCUGCGGUCGCCCCAGGACUCGUUGCCCCCACCACGCCGCUGAGCAUGAGCGGUGCCACUCCAUGGUCGACGAUGAUCCAAAUGAUCGCUGCAGGAGCCGCCGCGCGGAGGGCUCCAGCUACUGCGCGAAACACGCUGACUAUCCGAAUUACUCCAUGACGGUCCAGCGGUGGGUGGUUGACCGCCAGCAGCACGGCUUCGCCUUCGACGAGGAGGAUUUCAUGGCCCACAUCCGCGCGAAGUACCCCGGCGCCUCUUUCCAGCAGCCGAGGUGCCACGAUUUUCAGAAGUAUGUCGGCCACUUCGCCAACCUGGGCGCUGCAGCAGAGCCGUGCCGCAGUCGCAGCCCGAAGCGCUCGUGA